AUGUCCUUCCAGGCAACAGCAUUUGCGUUCCUGUUUCCAGGAAAUGCCAUGACCAACUCCAUCUUGGCCACUGCCUACAUUUCUAUAUUCCCCAAUCUGCUCCUGUACUUUGUUCCUCCUGACAUUAACACUGGAUCCUUGAAUGUCUUGGUUAGUUUCGCUGUUGGCGGUCUUCUCGGUGAUGUGUUUCUCCAUUUGCUUCCUCACGCGUUCCUGGGAGAACACACCGAGGAAAAUGCUGUCGUUGUUGUUGACAACCAAAAAAACGUCCUUAUCGGCUUGGGUAUCUUUGUUGGUUUGUUCUUCUUUUUCUUCAUGGACAAGAUGAUGCGAGUAUUCAACGGUGGUAGCGGUCAUAGUCAUAGCCAUGAGCACGUCGAACAGGAGCAACAUGUAGAGCCCACUGCCACAUCUACUGCUGUCAAGGAAAAGCAAGAGGACUCUGUUCAUCAACGCAACAAGCAUGUGGUCGAACAGGUCAAGAAGGAGGUCAAGAAGCAAGAAGGCGUUAAAUUGAGCGCCUAUCUCAACUUGCUGGCUGAUUUCACUCACAACAUGACGGAUGGCCUUGCCAUGGCAGCCUCGUUCUAUGCAUCUCCUGCUGUCGGUGCUACUACUGCUGUAGCUGUCUUUUUCCACGAAAUCCCUCAUGAAGUCGGUGAUUAUGCCAUUCUGAUUCAGUCUGGAUUUAGCAAGCAAAAGGCAAUGAUGGCUCAAUUCACCACAGCUAUUGGCGCUUUCUUGGGCACUAUUAUUGGCAUCAUGAUUGAAGAAUCCUCUCUCUCCAACAAGGCUGCUGAUGAAAAGGCCGGCAACACUAAUGUCGUUGGCUUGCUGGGCACUGAUCUUCGCUGGGGAGACCUUGUGAUUCCAUUUGCUGCUGGUGGCUUCAUGUACAUUGCUACUGUGGGUGUCAUUCCAGAGCUGUUGGAGGUCACUGGUAACAUGAAAAAGGACAGAAAGCAAGCCAUUAAGGAGUUCUUUGCCAUGUUUGUUGGAUUGGGUUUAAUGCUUUUUAUUGCUUGGAACGAUAUUCCUGCGUAA